AUGCCUGAGACCGUCGGCCACGAGGAGCCGGCUCUUCCUUCGAGCCCUCAGGCUGGAGGAGCCGUUGCCUACAACGCGAUCAGCAAGGAAUUGCAACCGCUUCCCCCAACGGAGACUGCCAAUGGCGGCAUUAUUCCUCCUGCAUCUUCAAGGAUCGAGGGUAGCACAGGGCGACUGUGUGCGCUCGAGCUUGAGGAUGGUACAGUCUACCAGGGCUACAACUUUGGUGCUGAGAAGAGUGUGGCAGGAGAACUGGUUUUCCAGACCGGUAUGGUGGGAUACCCAGAGUCCAUCACGGAUCCCUCCUACCGUGGCCAGAUCCUUGUCAUCACCUUCCCUCUUGUCGGCAACUAUGGUGUUCCCUCGCGGGAGACCAUGGAUGAGCUGCUGAAGACAUUACCGAAGCACUUUGAGUCGACCGAGAUUCACAUUGCAGCUCUGGUCGUUGCGACAUAUGCCGGAGAGAACUACUCUCACUUCCUUGCCGAGUCAUCACUGGGCCAGUGGCUCAAGGAGCAAGGUGUCCCGGCCAUUCACGGGGUUGACACCCGUGCCCUCACCAAGCGGAUCCGCCAGAAGGGUAGCAUGCUUGGUCGCUUGCUGCUCCACAAGGCCGAUGUUGCUGAAACCGAUGCAGCUCUGGCCCAGGAUACCUGGAAAUCAUCCUUUGAACAGAUUGACUGGGUCGACCCCAACACCAAGAACCUCGUCAGCGAGGUCUCUAUCCGGGAGCCGAAACUCUUUUCCCCUCCUGAGAACGUUGCUUUGAAGCACCCCUCUAGCCGCCCUAUUCGUGUUCUUUGCCUGGACGUCGGCCUGAAGUUCAACCAGCUGCGUUGCUUGGUCGCUCGCGGCGUCGAGGUUCUCGUCGUUCCCUGGGACUAUGAUUUCCCCACACUUGCUGGCAAGGACUACGAUGGUCUUUUCGUUUCGAACGGUCCCGGUGACCCUGCCACCAUGACUACAACAGUCAACAACUUGGCGAAGACUAUGCAGGAGGCGAGGACUCCUAUCUUUGGUAUUUGUCUUGGACACCAAUUGAUUGCUCGCUCUGUUGGCGCUCAGACGUUGAAGAUGAAGUUCGGUAACCGUGGUCACAACAUCCCUUGCACGAGCUUGGUGACUGGAAAGUGUCACAUUACCUCUCAGAACCACGGUUAUGCCGUCGAUUCUUCCACUCUUCCAAGUGACUGGCAAGAGCUCUUCGUCAACGCGAACGAUGGUAGCAAUGAGGGUAUCAGGCACGUCAGCCGACCUUACUUCAGUGUCCAAUUCCACCCUGAAAGCACACCCGGUCCCAGGGAUACUGAGUACCUCUUUGACGUUUUUAUCAACGCUAUCAAAGACACCAUCGCCUCGCCAGAGGCCCUUCAGAAGCCUGUCAACUUCCCAGGCGGCGCUGUGGCCGAAAAUAUCAAGGCCUCUCCCCGGGUCUCAGUCAAGAAGGUUCUUAUUCUGGGAAGUGGUGGCUUGAGCAUUGGUCAAGCCGGUGAAUUCGAUUACUCUGGAAGUCAGGCCAUCAAGGCCCUGAAGGAGGAAGGUAUCUACACAAUUCUGAUCAACCCUAACAUCGCUACCAUCCAGACCUCCAAGGGUUUGGCGGAUAAGGUGUAUUUCCUGCCCGUCAAUGCCGAUUUCGUGCGAAAGGUCAUCAAACACGAAAGGCCCGACGCCAUCUACGUUACCUUUGGUGGCCAGACUGCCCUUCAGGUCGGUAUCCAGCUCAAGGAUGAGUUCGAGUCGCUCGGUGUCAAGGUGCUUGGUACGCCGAUUGACACUAUCAUCACCACCGAAGAUCGUGAGCUCUUCGCGCGUAGUAUGGACUCUAUUGGCGAGAAGUGCGCCAAGUCAGCCUCUGCGUCCAGUCUGGAGGAGGCUCUACAAGUGGUCGAAUCCAUUGGCUUCCCCGUCAUCGUUCGAGCUGCCUACGCGCUUGGUGGUCUUGGAAGUGGUUUCGCUGAUAACUUGGAUGAACUGAAAGACCUGUGUGCCAAGGCUUUCGCAGCCAGUCCCCAAGUCCUGAUCGAGAGGAGUAUGAAGGGCUGGAAGGAAAUCGAAUACGAGGUCGUCCGUGAUGCCAGGGACAACUGUAUCACUGUCUGUAACAUGGAGAAUUUUGACCCGCUCGGUAUUCAUACCGGUGACUCCAUCGUUGUCGCCCCAUCUCAGACUCUAUCUGACGAGGACUACAAUAUGCUGCGCACAACGGCCGUUAACGUCAUCCGUCAUCUUGGUGUUGUCGGAGAAUGCAAUAUUCAAUACGCCCUCAACCCCUACUCGAAGGAAUACUGCAUUAUCGAGGUCAAUGCUCGUCUCUCUCGAUCUUCUGCGCUCGCUUCCAAGGCUACCGGAUACCCUCUUGCCUUCAUUGCUGCUAAGCUUGGAUUGAACAUCCCGCUCAAUGAAAUCAAGAACUCUGUCACCAAGGUUACCUGUGCCUGCUUCGAACCCUCCCUCGAUUACUGUGUUGUGAAGAUCCCUCGCUGGGAUUUGAAGAAGUUUACCCGCGUCUCCACACAGCUCGGUUCCUCCAUGAAGAGUGUUGGUGAGGUUAUGGCCAUUGGCAGAACUUUCGAAGAAGCAAUUCAGAAAGCCAUUCGGUCUGUGGACUUCCACAACCUUGGGUUCAACGAGACCAACGCCCUCAUGUCUAUCAAGACUGAGUUGCAAACUCCUUCCGACCAGCGUCUUUUCGCCAUCGCAAACGCUAUGGCCGCUGGCUACAGCGUCGAUGACAUCUGGAAGCUCACCAACAUUGACAAGUGGUUCCUCACUAGACUCAAGGGUCUUAGUGACUUUGGCAAGCUCAUGACCAAUUACAAUGCUAGCACCGUAACGGCACCUCUUCUUCGUCAGGCUAAGCAGCUUGGUUUCUCUGACCGCCAACUUGCAAAGUUCUUGAGCUCCAACGAGUUGGCUAUCAGACGGUUGCGUGUGGAGGCUGGCAUCAUUCCAAUUGUCAAGCAGAUCGAUACAGUCGCUGCCGAGUUCCCUUCGGUGACCAAUUAUCUGUAUCUCACUUACAACGCUUCCGAACAUGAUGUUAGGUUUGACGACAAUGGUAUUAUGGUACUGGGUUCUGGUGUCUACCGUAUCGGAUCUUCAGUCGAGUUCGAUUGGUGCUCUGUGAGGACAAUUCGAACUCUCCGUGAGCAGGGACACAAGACUGUCAUGGUUAACUACAACCCUGAGACUGUUAGUACCGACUACGACGAGGCUGAUCGCUUGUAUUUCGAGAAUAUCAAUCUGGAAACGGUGCUCGAUAUUUACCAGCUGGAGUCCUCCAGCGGUGUGAUCAUGUCCAUGGGUGGUCAGACUCCUAACAAUAUCGCUCUUCCGUUGCACCGCCUCAAUGUUCGUAUUCUUGGUACUUCGCCUGAAAUGAUUGACGGAGCCGAGAACCGUUACAAGUUCUCCCGCAUGCUUGACCGUAUUGGCGUCGACCAACCUGCUUGGAAGGAGCUCACCAGCAUCGAAGAGGCCCGUGAGUUCUGUGACAAGGUCGGCUACCCCGUGCUUGUUCGGCCUUCAUAUGUGUUGUCAGGUGCGGCCAUGAACACUGUCUACUCUGAACAUGAUCUUGCCAGCUAUCUCAACCAAGCUGCGGACGUCUCCCGUGAACAUCCUGUUGUCAUCACCAAGUAUAUUGAAAAUGCCAAGGAGAUCGAGAUGGAUGCAGUCGCUCGUAAUGGUGUCAUGGUUGGCCAUUUCAUCUCCGAGCACGUGGAAAACGCUGGUGUCCACUCUGGUGACGCGACUCUGAUCCUGCCACCCCAGGACUUGGACCCUGAGACCGUUCGACGAAUUGAAGAAGCCACCCGCAAGAUUGGGAACGCUCUGAACGUGACUGGACCCUUCAACAUUCAAUUCAUUGCCAAGGACAAUGAUAUCAAGGUUAUCGAAUGCAAUGUCCGAGCCUCUCGUUCUUUCCCGUUCGUGUCUAAGGUUAUGGGUGUUGACCUUAUUGAGAUGGCGACUAAGGCAAUGAUUGGUGCUCCUUUCGCUGAGUAUCCCCCGGUCACCAUUCCCAAGGACUACGUUGGUGUGAAGGUUCCACAAUUCUCAUUCUCUCGACUUGCUGGAGCCGACCCUGUCUUGGGCGUGGAGAUGGCGUCCACCGGAGAGGUCGCUUCGUUCGGUCGUGACAAGUACGAGGCCUACCUGAAGGCACUCCUGUCCACUGGAUUCAAGCUUCCGAAGCGCAACAUCCUGCUCUCCAUUGGUUCCUACAAGGAAAAGAUGGAGAUGCUGCCUUCAAUCAUCAAGUUGCGUGAUGUCGGUUUCGAGCUGUUUGCAACCUCUGGUACUGCGGAUUUCUUGAAGGAGAACGGUGUUCCGGUGAAGUACUUGGAGAUUCUGCCUGGUGAGGAUGAGGAUAUCAAGUCCGAGUACUCCCUCACUCAGCAUCUGGCAAACAACCUCAUCGAUCUCUAUAUCAACUUGCCGUCUAGCAACCGGUUCCGACGACCCGCCAACUACAUGAGCAAGGGUUACCGCACCCGUCGUAUGGCUGUAGACUACCAGACGCCGUUGGUGACCAAUGUCAAGAACGCGAAGAUUUUGAUCGAGGCUAUUGCUCGCCACUACGCACUCAAUGUGCAGACUAUCGACUAUCAGACCAGCCACCGGUCGAUUAUCCUCCCUGGUCUAAUUAACGUUGGCGCUUUCGUCCCUGGCCUUGGAAGUGCAGACUCCAAGGAUUUUGAGGCUGUGACCAAGGCUUCUAUCGCAGCUGGUUUCAGCAUGAUCCGGGUGAUGCCAGUUGGCGUCGACUCCUCCAUCACGGAUGCUCGCACCCUGAAACUUGUCCAGCAGAACGCCGGCAAGGCCUCUUUCUGCGAUUACAACUUCUCGGUUGUCGCAACUUCCUCCAACUCUGCUGAAGUUGGACAGUUGACUGGCGAGGUUGGCUCUUUGUUCAUCCCAUUCAACCAUCUUUCUGGAAACAUCAGCAAGGUUGCCGCUGUUACCAGCCACUUUGGCGCAUGGCCUUCGAGCAAGCCUAUCAUUACAGAUGCUAAGUCGACGGAUCUCGCGUCGGUCUUGCUUCUGGCAAGCCUCCACAGCCGCAACAUCCACGUUAUGAGCGUCACGUCUAAGGAGGAUAUUGGGCUGAUCGCCCUUAGCAAGGAGAAGGGUCUCAAGGUCACUUGUGAUGUUUCCAUCUACUGCCUUUUCCUGUCUCGGGAUGAUUACCCUGAGGCUGCAUUCUUGCCGACGGCAGAAGAUCAGAAGGCUUUGUGGGAGCACCUCAGCACGAUCGAUAUCUUCUCAAUUGGCAGCAUUCCUUACCAGCUUGCUGGCGAGAAGGGAUCUCCGGCCGCCGGUAUCGCUGAGGCUCUGCCUCUGCUGUUCACUGCUGUCUCCGAAGGCCGCCUGACUGUUGAGGACAUCAUUGCUCGUCUGUACGAGAACCCCAAGAAGAUUUUUGAGCUGCACGACCAGUCGGACAGCUCGGUUGAGGUCGAGAUCGAUCGUCCUUAUCUGUUCCAGAGCGCGCAGGCCUGGUCGCCGUUCAGUGGCAAGAGCGUCAAGGGCCUUGUUCAGCGUGUCAUCUUCCAAGGGAAGACGUCUUGUCUUGACAGCGAAAUCACUCCUGAUGCUCCUAAAGGCUCGGAUAUGUCUGGUCACAGGAUUGUGCCUGCAUCUCCAUCCCUCAAGGCGAUGUCUCCACGGGUUGAUGGUGCUCUAGACCGUAGGCAGUCCAUCUCCAUUGCCGGCACUCCUGCACGGUUGGGACGCAAGCCUGUGGAUCACUUCCCUGCCGCCACUGGAGCCGAACUUGGUCCGCCCCUGUACACCCCUGUGCCUCGGGCCUCUUCGCCGUUGCUACAGAUGCUUUCUCGGUCCCCCUUUAAACAAAAGCACGUGCUCUCUGUCAACCAAUUCAACAGAGCUGACCUUCACCUGCUUUUCACCGUGGCACAAGAAAUGCGACUCGGCGUUCAGCGCGAGGGCGUCCUGGACAUCCUGAAGGGCCGUCUCCUGUGCACUCUCUUCUACGAGCCUUCCACCAGGACUUCCGCCUCGUUUGACGCUGCGAUGCAGAGACUUGGAGGACGAACGAUCGCCAUCUCAACUGAGCACUCAUCUACCAAGAAGGGCGAGACUCUGCAGGACACCCUCCGUACACUCGGCUGCUACGGAGAUGCCGUUGUCUUGCGCCACCCAGAGCCCAGCAGCACCGAGGUUGCUGCCAAGUUCUCUCCCGUUCCUGUCAUUAACGGUGGAAACGGCAGUGUUGAGCACCCCACUCAGGCGUUCCUUGACCUUUUCACCAUCCGUGAGGAACUUGGAACUGUUGGCGGUCUGACCAUCACCUUCACCGGCGACUUGAAGUACGGCCGUCCUGUCCACUCGCUCAUCAAGUUGCUCCAAUUCUACGAUGUCCGCGUUCAACUCGUUGCGCCCAAGGAUCUGUCCUUGCCUGCGGACAUCCGCCAGCAACUGCUCGCAACCGGUCAGCUGCUCACGGAGUCUGAGGAGCUGACUCCUGAAAUCGUCGCCCGCUCUGACGUUCUGUACUCCACUCGUGUGCAGAAGGAGCGCUUCGCCGACCUUGAGCAGUAUGAACGCCUCAAGAACAGUUUCAUCAUCGACAACGCUCUCCUCAAGCACGCCAAGAGCCAUAUGGUCGUGAUGCACCCUCUGCCUAGGAAUGCCGAAGUUUCUGAAGAGGUUGACUUCGACCAGCGGGCAGCCUACUUCCGACAGGUGAGUCUCCAAUCCCGUGGCCCUAGUAGUGAGUUCGACAUGCUAAUGUGGAUGCAGAUGAGAUACGGUCUUUACUGCCGGAUGGCCUUGCUUGCACUGAUCAUGGCGCCUUAG